AUGGAGGUUCGAAGCUUAGAAAGCAAUGUGUGGGACGAUUUAAAUAAGUUGAGGAAUGCGAUUAGUAACCUUGCAAGCGAAGUUGAUAAGGAUACAAUGCAGAACGUUCUUGUUAAAGAAGCCCUGUCACAGCUUAGUACGGCCAAGGGAGUGCUGAAUGGGACUAUUGGGCCUGAUGGUUCAAUUCAAGUGGCGUCGGACAUUAUGGAUUCCUUAUUUACUAAGACUAUUCAAACUCCGCUCAGUAUCGCAAUAAACAACAUCGAAACGCAGUUUGGCAGGUUAUACAAUGUCAUUAAAGCAGGAAAAACUGGUGCAGGAAAAGAAAAAAAAACAAUGGAAAAUGUCCUCACGGAAAUUCGAGAUAAGGUUAUUGACAUAAAGGGUUCGGAAUUUGGAGCCAAAGGACUUGUGGAAAUCCUUGCCAAGACCGAGGCGUAUGCGGAAACGUUUAAGGAGGACGAUUCAAAGAAAGGUUUCGAAGGUGUGGUGACGGCGUGGAUUAAAAAUAUUUUAGAGAAUAAUGGAGUGAUUAGAAGGUGGCUUGAUGACUACGUCGCAUUCAACAAAGGUCAAUUUGACUCAAAAAAUGAUAUCACCGAUGCCACUCAGAUGCACCCUAAGAUUAUUACAGCAAUCAAACAGGUGCUAGAAGGUAUGACCGGCAAAUCCGGUAAAGAGGUCACAAGGCUCUUACAAAAAGCCAAUGAUCCAAUAAAUGUUAACAGAAAGAUUGAAGUUCAUCUUGAUGCUGUGAAGUCUGGCAUCGAUAUGUUUGGCAAGGAUCUCGAUGAGAAACUGAAAAAACAGAAAAAUAGCGGAGGAUUCGAUAUCGAUGAAAUUUUGGAAAAUAUUGCGCGUGGAGUUAAGAGCCAGGAUGUAAAAUCAAAAUAUAGCAACUACACGCUUCACGGUGUUGUAGAAGGUACUCUAGCGGCGCUAUCCUCUAUUGCCAGUCAAAGCAGUUCGCAAAUCCAUAAGUUACUAAAAACUUGUAAAUUUGAGAAACUCGAUGAUACUUUGGAAGUGACGAAUGGGCUUCUAGGUCGUUUGUAUCAGGCUUUCACCGGUAAUGACCCGCCAGCCAAAAAUGUAGACUUGGCUAUUAAAGCUGUAAGUGAGCAAGUUGACGGGCUUAACAGCAAAUUUUCAGAAGUAAAAAAAACAUUUGACAUUGCGGUGCGAAAUCUUCCCAGAGCUGUUGACGUGUACGAAAAAUCAGCUAUAGCGCAGAUCAGGGUAGCCGCCAGAACAGCUAUUAGUAAGGCGCUUGAAAAAUUCACAACGUAUUAUACUGGAGAUAUGAACGUAAGAGCCAUUAUGGAGCAAUUCGAUUUAGCUAAAAAUACAUUGGAACAUGCACUAGAACUGAUUGACAGUCAGAUAGAGGCAGCCAAAAGUGUUCCCGAAUUUGUUAAGAAUCUUCAAGGCGAAGCACAUGAGCUGACGACCGAAUUGAGAGCCAAUUUAUUCGAUAAAAUCAAUGUCAUUCGUCAAGCCGUACAUAAUACAUCCGACGUUUUCGAUGAAGUUAUGAAAGCCGUCAGUGACGCAUUAUCUGCCGCCUCCACGAAUGCUACAACAGGUGUCGAAAGUCUCAAAUCUCAACUUCUCGCCAUAUCCAACCAUGCAUUCGAUGAGGUUACCAGACAAGUUAAAACCGUUUUCGCCGAACAGCACAAAGCCGACAUGGAUGCCCUUCACAAAUGCGUCGAAACGCAGCUGCAAGCGGUGAAGCAAAUUAUUGAUGUCGAUUUGAGAAGCGGAAUUAAAUGUCUUCUAAAGGUUAUGAAUGACAAAUCUACAUUGGAGUCUUGGGGCAAAUCAUUGCCUCAGCCGGCACCUAGGGGGGAAGCCAACCGUAAGACGUUAGGCAAAACUGCGCAAGAAUUAAAACAAUACGUUGACAAUAUACAGGUUAACAUCCAGUAUCAACUCGUGUGCCACGGUAAGCCCAUUGACGAAAUGUCUAAAUUAUCCGAGAUUGAAAAAGCUUUUGAUAAAUUGCUUGAUUACCUAAAAGAUGAUGAAACGACGAAACAUGCUCGAAAAUACCUCUUCGACCACCAAUUCACCUCCCUCCUCUCCACCCUCUCCUCCUCCCUCCACCUCCUUUCCCCCUCCGCCUUCGCCAACCCCCGGCACCCGGAGCUGCUCGAUGCGGUCAAAAAGGGGCUGCAGGGGUUUGUCGGUGAGAUGGGGAGGGUGUAUGUGAACGGGUAUGAUGGAGGGGAUAAAAUUAAAAGAUGGACGCAUAAAGAAACUGGAGAUGUAGAAUUAACGGCUGAUGGCCGAAAUGGCGCAAAAGUAUUUGUUAGCAUACUAACGAUACUGUAUGAGAGUGUUAUGAAUUUGGGAGAAGAGUGUAAGUCCGCUGAAUUCCAAGCAAUAUAUACGUCAAAGGAGAAUAAUAAAAACGUACUUGGUGAUUUCCUUAGUGGUUGCGGCUACACGGUCUCCAAGUCCUAUAAUUCCCACGAAGGGCAUUUGAGGAAUGAGCAAGAUUGUUCGGGUACGUUCAUAUAUAGAACGCUGCUGAACAAAGAAGUAAAUGGUUCGCAGAAUGUUGAACACGUUAAAACAUGGAAGCAAGAGAUGAAGAAAGAGAAUAAGUUCACUCAUCCUCGUGAUGCUGACGACACCAAGAUAACUCUCCUCGACAUGCUUGAUUAUCUUUUCGAGAAGCUGGAGAAAUACAACGACGUAUGCCAUCUGUCAACUUUAACUGCAACACGACAACCGUGUUCCGUCUACGAAAUGUUGGUCUGGCUCUCCGGUCUCCCGCAUAGUCCCGUGCAUAAACCUAAGCUAGACCUAACCGUCCUCCAAGUGAUAGCAGACAUCAAUAAACAUGAGAACGAUGCUGCUGACAAUGAGGGCGAUAUGGAAAUUACAGUCGAAAUGGGUGACUCCCCCAGCGUUUCAUUGGCCACGCCCAAAGAUACUACCGUAGCUGCCUAUCCAGAAAACGUGCUGUAUGCUGAUAUACGAGAAGCCAUAACGCACGUAUGCGCUACUGCCUACGAUGUAUUAAUCACAAUUGCCGGUCACGGCGACGCAUAUACAACGUAUUCGGGUGACUACUCCAACAACUCCAUGAGGUUCUACUACCCUGCCUCGGGAGAAGACUGCCUCGAUAUGCUACUGGACAUCCUUCGACGGCUGCUGCCAACAUUACAAUUUUUGAAAACCCAGUGCGAAAAUAGUACCAGUAACAACGGUUGGCGCAGCUGCAAGUACGGCAAAGAGAUCAAGACGGCCAAAUGGCCCUGUACCGAGCACUCAAGCGACGACUCAAACACCGACCCAAAUUGCCAACCAACGUCGCCCCUUCAGUCCUACUUGAAUGACUGCUUACCGGGCAAUAUUCCGCAUCUGCUUACUUCUAUUGGCUGCAAAGCAAAGUGUGACAGUUGUCCCACUGUUAAACGUGGAAUGCCUUGUCUAACUCCCCUAGGCUUCAGGGGAUUCUCCGGUUAUACGAAGACGGGUAGAGACUUGUGUCACAUACUCACCAAAUUCCUUGGUAAUGAGCACGUUGGAGGCCUAUUCUGUUUACUGCCCAAGCCGCCCAAGACGUUGCCGGAGCAUUUCCAAUUCGCCUUGUCGCUGGUUAAGGGAUGGGUUAGUACUGCUAACAUAACAAAGCACGUUAAAAAUAAAUUCAGUUUCCAGACACGUUUCCAAUCCAGCUUCGAGACAUCCAUCGAGAAGCUAUCAGUUGAGCUAUGUAAGUCCCCUUCCGUUUUAACCAAUGCAUUGGCAAGCGCAUACGGUUCGGAGUCCGGUGUGCAUCUAUCAUGUCAGGAUAAUCACAUUGUGAAUCUUACAAGUCACGAAAUAUGUAUCAACGACAGCAAGGAUGUGAGAUGCGCUCCUUAUCUCACCGCUCUAUGCAAAGAUACAUAUCAUUAUCUUGUUCACAAUCACACCGACCUCUACGUGUCCUGGUCCGUGUAUCUUCCCUGGGAUUUCUGGAAUUGCCUAAACAAUUUUUACAAAGACUUAUGCGACAUCUUCUGUCAGGACUGGGGUUGUCAAAAAUGCCUCCGCGGUGACAUUUGUAAAAAGGGAUCACACGCCUCCGUUGAUGAGAAAAGUGGAAUUCCUCAUUGCCGCUGCCAAUCUAUAGUCAGCUGUAAAGGCGUAUCACCUACGUUAUACAGAUAUGGAUUUGCGUUUGCUGAUGCGUCUAGCCUGACUAAAUCGAAAUUUGAGAAAAAAUGUUCAGAUUUCUGCAAACAUCUGUAUGAUAUCCUUCAUUCACAGUAUUUCAAAAACGUGUUCAAAAUCUGCGACGAAUUCAUUUUCACCAUCAGACAACCUUUCAUCUGGCUCAACGUCGCCUUCUGGCUCCUCUCCUUCCUCUACCUCCUCCACAUCAUGGUCAUCCGCCUCGACCUGCUCCACAUCAAAUCGCAUCUGCAUAGUCCCUCAUCACAUCGUAUUGCUGCGCAAUCACUACUUGCUGCUGGACGUGUUAACAAGCUUAACAGGGUGUUUUACCUGCAACCAUAA